CGCAACUCUAGGAAUCAACAAAACCCAAAACAAGGCGAAACACCACGCAUUACGCCUCUAGAUGGCGGUAUUUGGAGCAACUGAACCGUAUAGACGAUAGUAAAGGUAUCUGCAAUGAUAAGCACUGUAAUUGCACCGUCUCAUCGCCUGCAAUUGUGCGCUGUGGUGGCAUUCAGCCCUCGGAACAAACUUUGCUGACUGUCCUAUUAGGCUCGGCAAGAUCUUGGCUAGUCCCGUUUGGGCCCAGUCCUCCUCGCAACCUCAAAGCUCGCUCUUUUCCACCAUCCACAAUAUCCGCUCCUCUCCUCUCCCACUGUGCAACCUCCAAUUGCUCUCUCCUCCCAUCUUUUUCCAUCUCUACUCCCUCUGAACCCCAUCCUUCACAAUGUUCAGAAACGCCCUGCGGCAGUCCAGCCGCUCUGUCGCCGCCGUCUCUGCCUCUGGCAGGAUCGCUAGUGUUCGAGUUGCUGCCCCAGGACCACUUUCACAAGUUCGAACAUACGCUGCGGAAGCAAAGGCUUCUCCUACCGAACUCUCCUCUAUCCUCGAACGGAAAAUCCGGGGUGCCCAUGAAGAAGCCGGCUUUGCUGAGACUGGCCGUGUCCUUUCUGUCGGUGACGGUAUUGCCCGCGUCCAUGGCAUGGCCAAUGUCCAGGCCGAGGAACUCGUCGAGUUUGCCUCUGGCGUCAAGGGCAUGUGCAUGAACUUGGAAGCCGGCCAAGUCGGUGUUGUGCUCUUCGGUUCUGAUCGUCUCGUCAAGGAAGGCGAGACUGUCAAGCGAACUGGCCAGAUUGUUGAUGUCCCCGUUGGCGACGCGCUUUUGGGCCGUGUCAUUGAUGCUCUCGGUAACCCAAUUGAUGGAAAGGGCCCAAUCAAGACCACGGAGAGACGACGUGCUCAGGUCAAGGCCCCCGGCAUUCUGCCUCGCCGCUCCGUCAACCAGCCUGUGCAGACCGGUCUCAAAUGUGUCGACUCUAUGGUUCCCAUUGGCCGUGGUCAGCGUGAGUUGAUCAUUGGUGAUCGUCAGACUGGAAAGACUGCCGUUGCUCUUGACGCCAUGCUUAACCAGAAGAGAUGGAACGACUCCAAUGACGAGACCAAGAAGCUGUACUGUGUUUACGUUGCUGUUGGACAGAAGCGUUCCACUGUCGCCCAGCUCGUCAAGACCCUUGAGGAGAACGAUGCCAUGAAGUACUCCAUCGUUGUUGCCGCCACUGCUUCCGAGGCUGCUCCCCUUCAGUAUAUUGCUCCCUUCACUGCGACUGCUUGCGCCGAAUUUUUCCGUGAUUCCGGACGCCAUGCCCUGAUCACCUAUGACGAUUUGUCCAAGCAGGCCGUUGCCUACCGCCAGAUGUCUCUGCUGCUCCGUCGUCCCCCCGGACGUGAGGCUUACCCCGGAGACGUCUUCUACCUCCACUCUCGACUUCUCGAGCGUGCCGCCAAAUUGAACGACGCCCACAAGGGCGGUUCCCUCACUGCCCUCCCCAUCAUUGAGACCCAGGGUGGUGACGUGUCCGCGUACAUUCCCACCAACGUCAUUUCCAUCACUGACGGCCAGAUCUUCUUGGAGGCCGAAUUGUUCUACAAGGGUAUUCGCCCAGCCAUUAACGUCGGUCUCUCCGUGUCCCGUGUCGGCUCCGCCGCUCAGCUCAAGGCGAUGAAGCAAGUCGCUGGUUCACUCAAACUUUUCUUGGCUCAGUACCGUGAGGUUGCCGCCUUCGCCCAGUUCGGUUCCGACUUGGACGCUUCCACCAAACAGACCCUCAAUCGCGGUGAGCGCCUGACCGAGCUGCUCAAGCAGAAGCAAUAUAGCCCCAUGGCUGUCAACGAGAUGGUCCCACUUAUUUUCGCUGGUGUCAACGGCUAUCUCGACUCCAUCCCCGUCAACAAGAUUCUGCAGUGGGAGACCGAUUUCCUUGCCCACCUCAAAUCCAAUGAGCCUGAGCUUCUCCAAACCAUUGAGAAGGAAGGGCAAUUGAGCAAGGACCUUGAGGCUCAGUUGAAGGAUGUCACUAUUGCCUUCAACAAGGCUUUCUCAUAACCUUUUUGCGCUGACAACCGCAAUGUAUUUGAAAAUGAAAGGAGGGAGAAGGAAUAGAAAGGAAAACUAUGUGUAACAAAUUAAAUCUUUGCAUCCUCUUUUUUUCCUUUUUUUUUUUCUUUUUACUGUUUUUAUCCCUUAAGCAUUCCCACCUACUCAAGAAAAAGGAUCAUUUUUUUCCUUUCUUUUUCUUCCUCUCUCCUUAUUUCUUUAAUAAAAACUCACUCUUGCCACAAUGUAUAGACAAGAAAUAGCUCGUGUACAAUUUUGAAAUCAAUUUCAUUUUCGUUUUAUUACUUCAUAUUUUAAUUUCUUGUGUAUUCUUGGCACUCUGUGAGAAAGAGAAAAGUGGUAUAAAAAGUUACACUCAUGACUUCUCUACAUGGGAGUCAUCUAAGUAAUGAAUUCUCUCCUUUUACUGCCUCUUCUCCUGUGAUCACUUUUCAUACGUUUCAACUCUGCUCAUCUCUCAUUUUUCUCACUAGCCUACUUUUUCAAUUUCCAGUUUCCGUUGUUUUUUUACGGCAUCUUUCUCUAUUUUGUCGCUUUUCUACUUGCUAUAUGAUGAAUGUACUGUGUACGAUUAUCCCUCUGUUAGACACAAUUGUAUUGAGAUUGAUUAAGAAGAGAGAACUGAGAACUGUCUGCUCUUAGAUGCUGCUGCUAGGUUCUGACAGUUGUGUGAAAUGGAGGAGAAAAUAUGAGAAAAAAAGAUAUACUAAUACAAAGUGCUGAAUUUUGAACAAUGAAAAAGCUAAAGAAGCCGACAUCUAAUGAGCACAGCCAGCUCUGGUGAAUUUGAACUCUGUGAAGCUGUAUGAGUGAGUAUUUUUUUUUUAUUAUUUCAGCUAGAGAAAGAUGUUUAAGCUGACAUUUGCUGUGUUUCCAAAUUGAAAAGAUUUUCUUGAAAAAACAUAUAUAUAUAAAAUAAUACACCCAG